AUGGUAUUUGCCUACUUGUUGAGUCCAAUAUUCAAUCAAAUUGAUCAGAUCAAACAGAGGAAGCCAGUGAAUUUCACAAAUGCGAUCGACUGGCAUUAUGGUGGCCAACAACAGAAUCAACAAACCAGUUUACCUGAACACAACAUUUCAAUCUGUAUUACAGUGAUAUCAGUUGUCAUUGGAAUUGGAUUGAUCAUUAAGCUGAUAUCGUAUAUUCUAAGUAGAAAAUGCAUGCCAGCUGUACCACCAGUUGAUGAGACAGAGAUGAUUGAUUAUUAUUGA